CGGCCGGUUAUCUAUAAGCCGGCACCGAGCCUUCAGGAUACAGUCCGUGCGUCUUGUGUCGUAGCGUUCAGAUCUCUCUAGCAACCACCUCUCUCAGACAUGGGUCUCAGCGACUUCUUCGGAAUCAAGUACAAGCUCGACAAGAGCGAGAAGUUCGACGAGUUCAUGGAGGCCCUGGGUGUCAGCUUGGUAACCAGGAAGAUGGGCAACGCCGUAUCUCCAGUCAUCGAGAUGACCGAGUCUAACGGAGAGUACACCCUCACCUCGAGCUCCACCUUCAAGAACACCGUCAUCAAGUUCAAGCUCGGAGAGGAGUUUGACGAAGAGACUGCCGAUGGAAGGAAGGUGAAGUCCACCAUAACCCAGGAGGGUGACAACAAGCUCAUCCAUGUCUCCAAGGGGGACAAGGAGUCCAAGAUCGUCCGGGAGUUCAGCAAGGAGGAAGUCGUCAUGACCCUCACCGUGGACAACAUCGUCUGCACCAGGAUCUACAAAGCUGUAUCAUAGUGGUCUAUUUUAUUGCCAUUAUUUAUCAUUAUUAUUCAAUUACUAUUGUAAUUUAAUUCAUUUAAUAAUUAUAUAUAAUAUAUAAAUUUAGAACACGAAGGUUUUAUCUUAAAGCAAAGAAUCCCAAUUGCUAUUUGGAAAAAAUCCAAAACUCUCAUUUCUUUUAUGAUUGCAAUACAAUUUCAGCUCAAAUUAUUCCUAUUUAUUUGCAUGAUACUUCAUUUUGUUUGAAUAUCUCUUUUAUAAUCAUUAAUCAAUUGCGUUUAAUUUAUUAAUAUAAACUGGAAUAAAGUUAUGAGAUUUUUUUUAUGAGAAACACUAACCAAUAAAGAUAAUUCUAAACUUUAUUUUAUUUUACUAUAAUUACUAAACAUAGAACAAUGGAAAUCAGAAGCCAAUAAACCCUCCAAUAUGGACAUUAUUCAGAUUUCAAGGUAAGCGUUAAAAUCUUUCUAAAUAUAGGCUUAAACUCUUCCCCUCCACCCUGCAUUUGCCAUAUUUUUAUAUAAAUACGUAAGUGUUUUUCUUUUUUUUUUUUUCAUAUUGCAGAAUUCCUGUAAUGUUUAAAUAUUUUUUCCUUUAUCAUUAUUAUUGACACAUUAUUUUUUCUAAGCUACAAUAUUAUUAUUUUUAUCUUCU